AUGAAUGGAACAAGAAUGAUGACCGGCUCCUACAGGCUGUGGAGAACGGAGACACGGAGAAAGUGGCCUCACUGCUGGGCAAGAAGGGGGCCAGCGCCACCAAGCAGGAUAGCGAGGGCAAGACUGCAUUCCAUCUUGCUGCUGCAAAGGGACACGUGGAAUGCCUCAGGGUCAUGGUUACCCAUGGUGUGGAUGUGACGGCCCAGGAUACUGCAGGACACAGCGCUCUGCACCUCGCAGCCAAGAACAGCCACCACGAGUGCCUCAGGAAGCUCCUUCAGUUUAAAUGCCCAGCCGAGGGUAUCGACAGCUCGGGGAAAACAGCUCUACAUUAUGCAGCGGCACAGGGCUGCCUUCAGGCUGUUCAGGUUCUCUGUGAGCACAAAAGCCCCGUCAACAUCAAGGAUUUGGAUGGCAAUAUACCACUGCUUCUUGCGGUGCACAAUGGCCACAGUGAGGUCUGCCGCUUUCUGCUGGAUCAUGGAGCAGAUGUUAAUUCCAGAGACAAAAAUGGAAGAACUGCUCUCAUGCUGGCCUGUGAGACUGGUAGCUGUAACAUCGUGGAAGCCUUAAUUAAAAACUGUGCAGACUUAAACCUGGUUGACUCUCUUGGACACAAUGCCUUACAUUAUUCCAAACUCUCCGAAAAUGCAGGAAUUCAAAGCCUUCUAGUAUCAAAAAUCUCUCAGGAUGCUGAUUUAAAGACACCAGCAAAACCAAAGCAGCAUGAUCAAGUCUCUAAAAUAAGCUCAGAAAGAAGUGGAACUCCAAAAAAACGCAAAGCACCACCACCUCCUAUCAGUCCUACCCAGUUAAGUGAUGUGUCUUCUCCAAGAUCAAUAACUUCAACGCCACUUUCUGUAAAGGAAUCAGUAUUUUUUACUGAGCCAUCCUUUAAGGCUGAGAUCAGCUCUAUCCGAGAAAACAAAGACAGACUAAGUGGCAGCACUACAGGUGCUGAUAGUUUGUUGGAUAUAAGUUCCGAAGCUGACCAACAAGAUCUUCUUGCCCUAUUACAAGCUAAAGUUGCUUCCCUUACCUUACACAACAAGGAAUUGCAAGAUAAAUUACAGGCCAAAACACCCAAGGAGGCAGACACAGACCUAAGUUUUGAUUCUUACCAUUCCACCCAAACUGACCUGGCUCCAUCCCUGAGCAAAUCAAAUGACACCUCUGCCCCAGACUGCAAAUCACCUCCCUCUGCUUCAACCCAUCCCAUGGGUAAGUCCACUACAAACAGUGAUGUCAAGAUUCAGCAACUACAAGAGAUUUUGCAAGACUUGGAAAAGAGAUUGGAGAUCUCUGAAGCUGAAAAACAGCAGCUCCAGACCAAACUCCAGUCCAGAGGGACAGCGCUGACAGGCUUCAACAAUACAGAGAUUUCUGAGAAUGGCUCCGACCUCAGCCAGAAACUGAAAGAAACGCAAAGUAAAUACGAGGAAGCCAUGAAAGAGGUCCUCAGUGUGCAGAAGCAGAUGACGCUGGACCUUGCCUCACCAGAGCGCGUGGAAAGUUACUCCCGUCUCCACGAACUGAGAAUCACCGAGGAGGAGCUCGAUAUGCUAAAGCAGGAUCUUCAGAAUGCAUUAGCAGAGAGUGAAAGAAAUAAAGAGAAAGUGAGAGAACUGGAAAGCAGACUUGAAGAGAAGGAGAAGGUAGUGGCGAUGAAGCCACCUGUAGAAGAAGUAGAGGAAAUGAAAAGUUCGUAUUGCUCUGUUAUUGAGAAUAUGAAUAAGGAGAAAGCAUUUUUGUUUGGGAAAUACCAAGAGGCCCAAGAAGAGAUCAUGAAAUUAAAAGACAAGUUACAAAGUCAGGUGGCCCAGGAAGCCAGUGAUGAAGCGGGGGACAUGAAAGAAGCCAUGAACAGGAUGAUCGAUGAACUCAAUAAGCAGGUGAGCGAGCUAUCUCAGCUGUACAAAGAAGCCCAGGCCGAGCUGGAGGACUACAGGAAGAGGAAAUCCCUAGAAGACGUCACAGCCGACUACAUCCAUAAAGCGGAGCAUGAGAAGCUGCUGCAAGUGACAAGUGUAUCCAAGGUUAAAGCAGAAGAGGCUCUGUCUGAAAUGAAGUCUCAGUAUUCCAAAGUAUUAAAUGAGUUGACCCAGCUCAAACAGCUGGUAGAUGCCCAAAAAGAGAACUCUGUUUCCAUCACAGAACAUUUGCAAGUGAUAACCUCGCUGCGGACUACGGCAAAAGAGAUGGAGGAAAAAAUAAGCCGUCUCAAAGAGCACCUUGCAGGCAAAGAGGUGGAAGUGGCCAAGCUGGAGCGACAACUCUUAGAAGAGAAAGCAGCAAUGACCGAUGCGAUGGUGCCCAGGUCUUCUUAUGAAAAGCUCCAGUCAUCUUUAGAAAGUGAAGUGAAUGUGCUGGCAUCGAAACUAAAGGAUUCGGUGAAAGAGAAAGAGAAAGCUCAUUCAGAGAUUGCCCAAACUAGAAGUGAAGUCUCGCAAAUAAAAAAGGAAAAGGAGACUAUUCAGACGCUCUUAAAGUCCAAAGAGCAAGAAAUAAAUGAACUUCUGCAAAAGUUCCAGCAGUCUCAGGAAGACCUUGCUGAGAUGAAGAGAUCUUCUGAGAGCUCUUUAAAACUGGAGGAGGAUAAAGAUAAGAAGAUAAAUGAGAUGGCGAAGGAAGUCACCAAAUUGAAGGAGGCCCUGAACAGCCUCUCCCAGCUCUCCUACUCAACGAGCUCCUCCAAGAGGCAGACUCAGCACCUGGAAACCCUGCAGCAGCAGGUCAAACAGCUCCAGACCCAGCUGGCAGAAUGCAAGAAACAACACCAGGAGGUCAUAUCAGUUUACAGAAUGCAUCUCCUCUAUGCUGUGCAGGGCCAAAUGGAUGAAGAUGUUCAGAAAGUACUGAAGCAAAUCCUUACCAUGUGUAAAAACCAGUCGCAGAAGAAGUAAAGUGGAUUCCUAGGAAGAAC